AUGGCAUUCUUUCCAAUCUAUCAUUAUCGUCUUUACGAUUAUCCAAUCGAUCGAUACUUUGGUGAUCGAUUGGAUUUCUUUGAUCCAUGGCAUGAUUUAAAUACAUCACCAAUAGCUGUUGUUAUAAUUCCAAAUACUUUUCGAUGGGUUAAUGAACCACAACGAUCAAUGCAAUCAUCAGGUAAUGCACAAGCUAAUGAUAAAAAUGCAAAUACAAUGACGAGAGCACCUAAUUUGGAAAAAUUUCGUGUUCAACUUAAUGUAGCUGGAUUCAAUCCAGAAACAAUUGCAACAAAAGUUGAAGGUCGAAAAGUAAUUGUUGAAGUUAAACAAGAAGAACGUCAACCUGAUGGUGAUUAUAAUAUUCGAGAAUUACGAAUAUCAUAUGCAUUACCUGAAUAUGUUGAUCCGAAUUGUUUAGCAUCAUAUGUAACACCAAAUAAGAUAUUAGUUAUUGAAGUUCCAAUUCAUAAUCCUGAAGCAGAACGUCGAGUUGCUCAAGCAAAGAAUGAAAAUCAAAAUCUAAGUCAAUUUGGUCAACAUUGA